AGUGUUUUGCCUGGUCCUGGUAUCUGGCCAAUGAUAUGCAGUUUUACGUCAUCAGUCCUCUUCUUCUAGUUCCACUUUACUUCUCGAAAAAGAUCGGAGGAUUCGUCAGUAUGCUAUUUUUGCUCGAAGUAACAAUAGUUAGCGCCGUGAUUUCUGUCCAUUUUGAACUUUCAUCGUCGCAGCUCUCCUUAAAACCCAGCCCUCACGCUGCCGACUACUUCCCUAAAUACUACAUCAAACCCUACUGUCGCAUGGGUCCCUACAUCAUUGGAAUUAUAGCGGGCUAUAUCCUGUACAGGACUGGAGGCAAAUACAAAAUCAAAACGGUACGUGGAUCACUUAGAGUAAAACUAUUAAAUAACUUCACAUAG